GCGAAGUAAACGGUUGAUCUUUUCUCAAGAUAUUGAUAUGAUUUGAUCCAGAAGUCCCAAUUUGGCAUCAUUGACAAGAUUGAAUGGCGUGAUUUGGGACGUUCCCGAAUGGGGGUGCGAAUGGCGAUGCUCAUCCCCGCUGGGUCGUGUAGAUCGCGAUCAACAUCAAUAAAAAGUCACCAUUUUCAGGGUCAAUGUUGUGAUUCCUCAUUUUCGAGAUCCCGAACAGCGACCCCUCGCGAUGGAAUGGCAAAUAUAUACCAGGCUGUUAGCGCUCUCUCAUGCCAAUCCAAGUCCUAGUCGUCUACAUUGUUGGGAGAUAUCUUGGUCAUCAUCAUGAAGGCUAGUCAAUUAUUUGGACUUUCGCUUUUUGCGACACUCUCUGUGGCCUCACCGGCAGUUGGGAAGCGUUCGGGCUUCAAGGAUGGCCAGCCCAUCAACGGCGAAGGCAAAGGAGCUCCCAUUUAUGGCGGCACCAACAAGCCUCUUGACCUGCAAAACCCUGCCAACCUGGGCCAGGAGAGCACAGAUGACGGCUGGGUACCCAACUUGAAGUGGAGUUUCUCUGACUCCAAGGCGCGCAUUUUCCCGGGAGGCUGGAGCCGGGAACAAAUUGUUCAGGACCUGCCCCAGAGCCAUGAUAUCUCAGGAGCACAGCAACAUCUGUCUAAGGGUGCUAUCCGUGAGCUGCACUGGCACCGCGUGGCUGAAUGGGGUUUUGUGUACAAGGGCUCCGUUCUGCUGACUGGUGUGGACGAGAACGGUCAAUUCACCACCGAGCAGUUGAAUUACGGUGAUAUCUGGUAUUUCCCCAAGGGUGUGGCACAUAAUGUGCAGGGUAUCGAAGACGAGAACGAGUACCUGCUGGCGUUCGAUGACGGUGACUUCGAGAAAGUUGGCACCACCUUCAUGGUUGACGAUUGGAUCAAGCACACCCCCAAGGAUAUCCUCGCCAAGAACUUCGGUGUCGAUGCGUCCGUGUUCGACAAGGUGCCCUCCAAGGACCCCUACAUCCUCAACGGCACCGUCAGCGAGGAGCUGGACGACGCGCCCCAGGGCACUCUCAAGGGCGCCAGCUCCUACGUGUACCACACGUACGACCACGACCCCGAGCCUGUCCCGGGCCAGGGUGGCACAUUCCGCAAGAUCGACUCGACCAACUUCCCCAUCUCCAAGACCCUCGCCGCUGCCGUUGUGGAGUUGGAGCCCAAGGGCCUUCGCGAGCUGCACUGGCACCCUAACGCCGAGGAAUGGCUGUACUUCCACCAGGGUACAGCCCGCGCUACCGUCUUCCUGGGCGACUCCAAGGCGCGUACUUUCGAUUUCCGCGCAGGAGAUACCGGCGUCUUCCCUGAUAACAGUGGCCACUACAUUGAGAACACUUCCGAGACGGAGAAACUUAUCUGGAUCGAAAUAUACAAGAGCGACCGUGUGGCGGACAUUUCACUCGCCCAGUGGCUGGCGCUGACCCCCGCCGACACCGUCGCCAACACCCUCAAGGUCGAUAUCGAGGUGGUCAAGCAGAUCAAGAAGGAGAAGCAGCUUCUGGUCAAGGGUUGAUUUUGCUCGAUCGUACGGGCGAUAUCUCCAUUCUCGUCGCUGUAAUUCAUUUUAUAAUAGCGGGCAGUUGCUCCGCUGCCCAUAAUUGCACUAAUUUACUUUGAUGGCUAAUAUCCAACG